GACCUAGGCCCCAUUUCCAGGCCUCUUAACUGUAAUCUCUGGGAAAGGCUGAGCUGCUGUUGUCAUACAGCCCCUCUUAACUGAAAGGCCAACAAGCUUAUAGUGCGUGCAGGUCUUUGAACAGAAAGGAUUUCUUUUCUUUCUUUUUUGUUCACCAAACCUACAUAAAAGAUUUUGUUUUCUUUUAAAAUGGCUGCAGAGGAGAACUACAAUUACAUAGCUUCACCUCAAAAUGAAAAACACAGAAGGGCCAGAAACUGGACAGAAGCUGAAAUGAAGGGUUUGGUGUAUGUGUGGGAAGAAUAUGUCACAGAACUGAAAAAAGCUAAAAGGAAUGCUAAAAUAUAUGAAAAGAUGGCUAAAAGAUUUUUUGAACUUACUGGUGAACAUCGUCACAGAGAAGAAAUUAAGAUGAAAAUUACAAACAUGACAUUUCAGUACAGGAAGCUAAAAUGCACAAGCAAUGGAAACACAACAGCACCUGAAUGGCCCUAUUACAAGUCCAUUGACAAAAUACUUUCAAAAGCGCCAGAAUCCAGCGGCUUGCACAAAUACGAUGUUUUGCAGUCAGGGCCUUCGACUUCUCAAACUGAGGCCUCCCCCUCCCUUCCCACACACUCUCCUUCGGCUUUCCUGCCGGAAUACAACGGCUCUUCCGAGGAAAGAGAGAGGAAUGAAGAAGCAGAGGCCUCGGACAGUUCCAUCAGUUUUAAGUCUCUAGAGUCCAGAUCUGAACCAGUACCUCUGAAGAGAAAGAAAGUGCUGAGGUCCACGCUGAAGAAGAAGAAGCUGAAGCUGAUGGAAGCCAUGCUGGGGGAGCAGAGGAAGAUGAGUCGUGCGGUGGAGGAGACGUGCAGGGAGGUGCGCAGAGUCAUGCACCAGCAGAACUUCCUCCAGGUGCAGAGCCUGCAGCUCCAGGAGCGAAUGAUGAACCUGCUGGAGAAGAUGAUCUCCCCUGCGGCAACACAGAACUGGCCCCAUGCUGGGGUGAAAGACUAAUGCUGGAAAAACACACAGCACGGAGACUGUUAAUCCCUGUGGAGCUUUCUUAACUGCUAGGAGUCAUCCCACCUAGCUGUUGGAUUUGGCAUAACAGCAAGCUUAUGACUGGUGAAAGAACCCACAGUUCUGGCAUACUAGAAAUUCUCUUGUGAUGUGAGAUCUAACUGACUAUCUCAAUAAAAAAAACAGAGUUAAUUUUUAUUUAGAAAUGAUUGAGGUGUUUCUACAUGUUUUAAAUAUAUAACAAAUUAAAUACAUUGUGGGAAACAAAGGCAACAGGUGAAAAAGACAUUUUUAAGAAUGCUAAAUAGUAAAAAAUGAGAGAUGCCUUUCUGACCCAUUAGUAGUUUAUUGAUCCCAGGAUCUUAUCUAGCUUUUUCUUGAAGGAAACCAAAGUAGCUGUUUCAGCCACAUGGCUGGCUAGCUUGUUCCAUACUCCCACAACAUAAAGUAAAGUACUGCCUCCUAUUCUGUUUUAUUUUAUACCACUAUCUAAGAAGUUUAUAUAUAAAAACAUCACUUUCUGGAAACAACAUUUAAUGAAAUUGCAGCAUCAUUCCUCACAGCAUAUCUUUAAGACCAUAAAAUGAUUAAUAGGACAGUGUUGUUUGAUUUUAGACAAUUUGAGUUACAAAUUCUGGUUGACUUCUGUAUUUUUUUUUGCAGAGCACAGACCUGAAUUCAGGUUGGUCUUUCAACUCUUGUCUCAAUGUCUAACAAUGUCACCGGUUGUCUCAACUAUCGUACUGUAUAUGCACAUCUGCUACCAUGACUGAAUUUGUACUAGCUCCAAGACUUUUUAACUGUUUCUCUUCAAACAUAAUUUUCAAAAAUGCUCAGAUCUUGUUUGUUAGCUUGUCACCAUCUAUAGUACUGUACAUAUUCUUCAGGUGUCACUCCACUCUCUCAAAAGCCUUUGUAGGGUAGCUAUGUUCUGUAUAUUUAUACAUUCAUUAUCUUCUGUUUAUGCACUAAUAAGGAAAGUUAAGGAAACAAUUUGUAGAAAUCAUUGUUUUAUACAAGAUUUGAUUGGUCUGCCAACACAAAAAUGCAAUCCAGGUGUGUUUUGAUGUGUUUUCCCGUAAGAGUUCCUUUCUCAACAGGUAGAGUUGUGCAUGCUCUAGAAACUCUGGCACCAAGUUUGACACCAUAUCACUUUUUAUUGUUGUUAUGUGAGUAGUAACAAUCUCCAGCAGCAUAUAUAUCCUAAAUAUUAUCAGUCAUGUUUGUACAGUGGUUAGAGCUGCUGAGUUGCAGUGCUGGUGCCCUGGGUUCAAUUCUGGACCUGG